GCAAAGGAAGCAGCCCACAGUUGAGGAGCGCCAAGACACCAUUUUUGAACUUUAGAGAAGCUCUAAACUCUCUCUCUCUCUCUUUUCAAUUUGGUGUUCAUGGAUCCACAGAUUCAUCACCAUUUUCAUAAACUAAGCACUAUAUAGAUCUCAUCUCUCUGUUUCUCUCUGUUUCUAUAUAUUUGGGUAGGUGUGGAUGCAUAUGAUACUUUUAUUAGUCAAUUGUGUAGUAGUACUAUGUAGUGAACAUAUUGGAGAGAAAUGCAAGUUGCAAUUGAUCAAUGGAAGGUGAGAAGUCGAACCUUCUAGGACCAGAAGCAGCAGCAGCAGCGUCCAAGCCCAUUUCCAUUCUUCCAAUCGAUCCGUCAGAAUCCGCUAAUGUCAGCCGUUCCUUUACACUCUCUUCAACAACAACGACGACGACGUCUUCCUCCUCAUCUUCUCCACCGGAUUUCCUCCGUCACAUUCAAGCCGCCUUCAAACGCCCUCGUCCUCGGGGUACAAUGCAAUCAAAUGGUAUUAUGCCAAGGAGAUCGGUAGCUCCUGUGCGGCAAGCAUCAAGAGGCUCUACUGUGAAUACAGAUUGUACAGUUGAAGCAAAGAAGACCCAAGAUGAAAUUCCCCUGAGUCACAGAUUAAUGGAAUGUAUUUCACAACCAAAGAACAUUGGCUCUGACACUGUAGAAGCUCAAGAGGAUGCAUCUAUGCCACCUUCGGAGUAUGGUUCCACAGUAGACGUGCAUGAAGAGAAUUAUAAUUCAUUCAAUAGUUUGAGAGAUCAACCAAGAUCCUUCACUGGUCAUAGAAGCAACAUUACAUCUGCUUCCUUGGGAACAGAGUGUGAGCAUGUUUUAUUGGCUGAAGGGCAGAAGAAGGUCCAUUUUGCUGCUGAUAGCACUUCCAGGUCUCAGGGUGUCAAUGACCGAAUGGUCACUGGAACAGAGGACUUGUGGUCUUAUGUGAAUUCACUUACAUUGACAGAAAUGGAUUGGGAUGUAGGAAAUCAGAUGGAGGCUGUCACUGCAGCUAGCCAAGUCUUGAGAGAUCAAAAUAUUCAUACCACCGAUGUGGAUGGUAACGGGAAUUCCUCUCUAUUGGCAAAUAGAACAUUAGGAGUUGCAGAUCAGAUUCACCAAUUCAGGAACUUCUUACGGAAUGAUUUGAGCCACCCCAUGACUCAAGCUUCAGUGGUUGGUUCAAGCUGCACUACAACUACGUUGAUAAACUCGACAUCUGCUCCCAUGCUAAACUCAACAACCUAUUGUCCACAAUCUCAUCUUGCAAGCAACUCUAUGGAGUCACUGGGGGAACGUAAACUGAAAUCUGAACAUCUGAUGCAAUCUUCUUAUCCUGUUCCAAAGAAUGAAAACAGGCUUUCAGCUGAUCAGACAGCUAUUGCUGUACCUAGUUCUACCACUGAAACUGAUUCAGAAGUUAAGAGACCUAAUCUGGCUGAAGGGCCGAAGAAUAGUAUGCUGAUUAAAGGUGACAUGCCUAAAGAUACUUCCCCUCUCGAGGAUAACUCAGCCAAAGAAUGUGUUACGGAUAUACAAUCUGAAGCUCCCUUGUCAAAAGUUUCAUCUUCCAACAUGAAGUUGGAACCUUCUAAGUCUGAAAAGCAAGAAAAAAGUGUGGGUAGUAAAGCAACAUCUUCGUCUCGUAAAAAAGGUUAUGAUCCUGAUACAUUUUUCAAAGUUAACGGAAAGCUUUACCAAAGGCUUGGCAAGAUAGGUAGUGGUGGAAGUAGUGAGGUCCACAAAGUUAUUGCAUCAGAUUGUUCAAUUUAUGCCUUGAAGAAAAUCAAACUUAAAGGUCGUGACUAUGCUACUGCAUAUGGGUUUUGUCAGGAAAUUGAGUAUUUAAAGAGACUGAAGGGAAAGAACAACAUCAUUCAACUAAUUGACUAUGAGGUUACAGAUAAAAAUUUACUAGAUGAAGUCAUGAAUGGCUCGAUGAGUAAUAAUGAAACAAGAGUCAAAGAAGAUGGAUACAUAUACAUGGUUCUCGAAUACGGUGAAAUUGAUUUGGCUCAUAUGCUGUCUCAGAAAUGGAGGGAACUAGAUGGCUCUGAUUCAAUUAUUGAUGAAAACUGGCUUCGAUUUUACUGGCAGCAAAUACUUCUUGCUGUUAACACCAUACACGAGGAACGGAUAGUCCACUCGGACCUAAAGCCAGCUAAUUUCCUUCUUGUCAGAGGCUCGUUAAAGCUGAUUGAUUUUGGUAUAGCAAAGGCUAUAAUGUGUGACACAACCAACAUUCAACGUGAUUCACAGGUGGGUACGUUAAGCUACAUGUCCCCUGAAGCUUUUAUGUGUAAUGAGACAGAUGCAAAUGGAAAUACUAUAAAGUGUGGUCGGCCCUCAGAUAUCUGGUCAUUGGGAUGCAUCCUUUACCAAAUGGUUUACGGGAGAACACCCUUUUCAGAAUUCAAAACUUUCUGGGCGAAAUUCAAAGUUAUAACAAAUCCAAACCAUGCAAUCGCAUAUGAACCUUUGUCCAACCCCUGGCUACUUGAUCUUAUGAAGAAGUGUCUUGCAUGGGACCGAAAUGCAAGAUGGAGGAUUCCUGAGCUACUCCAACAUCCAUUCCUUGUUCCCCCUGUUCCACCACAGUUGCCUGCUCCAGUUGAGCAAACCUGUACACUGCUUCAAUUAAUUGCUAAAUCAUGUGAAAACGAUAGUAAGGCAUCAACGCUAUGCCUGCAACUCCAAAAUUUACUAGUGCACCCCAGUCAAGUAUCGCAUGAGGCAUUACCCGUAUGCCAAUACCAGAAGUUGCUUGGUGAUGUCUCUGCCCUCUGUCUUCAGCUCCAAGAACAGUUGGGAAACUCAGAAAGAGGAACAAAGAUGUAAUGUUAAAGAUGAUUUAUAUAUUUUAGCAUUCUUCAGUCGUAGGUUCUUUAAGGUAUUGGGCAGUUACAUAUCUGUCUCCAUCUUUAAAGUCUUCUGCCAAGUUACUGAUGUGUAUACAAAAGCUACUCAAAACAAAGUGGGCAUUGCCACCUGGUUUUGUUUUCUUAAAGUGGUUUGCAGAUAAUAGGUGAAGAAGUGUUGUAACUUUGCCUAAGAAAGAGGAUCCCUAUGUAUGUGCAAGAGUUGGUAAGAUGCCAUUUUCAUCUAAUGAUUACUAUAAUUUUAUAGUCUUUCCACCUAAGAAAUCGUGUUGGUAAAUCAAAAUAGAAGCAAGAGAUGUAGAAUAAACAAGCACAUUCUUGAUUUAUCUUAUUCAGUUGGAUACAAGGGUUGUG